CCGAACACGAUUGUUCGACACACGUCUGGUGGCCAAAGGCGGCAGUUUCUCUGUGUCCGAUAUGAAUAACUACCGACUAUAUGGCGAACUGGGUAGUCAAAAUUCGAUUUUGCUUUCCAAGAACCGUGAAUAAUCGGAUGGUCAGUAUCGUACCUGUACGAAUGAUCUGGUCCUGAUCGAACUGCAAUGAAAUGGGGUGACGCUGAUGGGUGAGCAUUUGUCCUAUGGGUUCAGCCUCAUACGAUCCAGCUCAGCGACAAUGAUUCGUGGUUAUCAAAAUCUUGACUCCCUUUCUGUGCCAACUUGAUUGGCCGUGCUUUUUAGGCUUCCUCCUCCUCCUCCUCAUCAAGAAUCUCUCUCCGCGAAGCUCGGAUAAGGUUAGUCUUACAAUCAGCAAUUCUACGGAUGAAACAUUCACUUGCACAGUGAAUAGAGUGAUUAAGAGUAGUGGGACUACCACUCUCCGUAAGAAAAAUCAAUGAUGAAUGCAUCUAAAAUCAAGCGUCGGAUCGGUAAAUACGAAGUGGGAAGGACGAUUGGUGAGGGAACAUUUGCGAAAGUGAAGUUUGCCCGGAAUUCUGAGACUGGGGAAGCUGUGGCUGUCAAGAUCCUUGACAAAGAGAUGGUCCUCAAACACAAAAUGGCAGAACAGAUUAAAAGGGAGAUAGCAACAAUGAAGCUAAUAAAGCAUCCAAAUGUUGUCCGCUUAUAUGAGGUAAUGGGCAGCAGGACAAAGAUAUACAUCGUUUUAGAAUUCGCAACUGGGGGAGAGCUUUUUGACAAAAUCGUAAACCAUGGAAGGAUGACUGAGGAUGAAGCACGAAAUUACUUCCAGCAACUAAUUAAUGCUGUUGACUAUUGUCAUAGCCGUGGUGUUUAUCACCGAGACUUAAAGCCAGAAAAUUUGCUGCUGGAUGGUUAUGGAAAUCUUAAAGUUUCUGAUUUUGGACUGAGUGCAUUGUCACGACAAGUCAGGGAUGAUGGACUUUUUCACACGGCUUGUGGAACUCCAAACUAUGUUGCUCCCGAGGUCCUAAAUGAUAGAGGCUAUGAUGGGGCAACUGCAGACUUGUGGUCAUGUGGAGUAAUACUCUUUGUAUUGCUUGCAGGUUACUUGCCCUUUGAUGAUGCUAAUACUCUGAACCUGUACAAAAAAAUUUUGGCUGCAGAGUUUACUUGUCCCCCCUGGCUCUCUUUUGGUGCCAUGAAGUUGAUAACUCGUCUAUUGGACCCGAAUCCCGCGACGCGUAUUAUCAUUCCUGAAAUUUUGGAGGAUGAAUGGUUCAAGAAGGAAUACAAGCCCGCCGUUUUUGACGAGAAAGAAGACACAAGCUUGGAUGACGUUGAAGCCGUUUUCAUGGAUUCGGAGGCGCACCAUGUGAGCGAGAAGAAGGAAGAACCACCAACACCCAUGAAUGCAUUUGAUUUGAUUUCGAUGUCGAAAGGGCUAAACCUUGGGAAUUUAUUUGAUGGGGAACAGGGAUUUACAAGAGAAACAAGGUUCACAUCCAAAUGCGCUGCGAACGAGAUCAUAAACAAGAUUGAAGAAGCUGCAAAGCCCCUUGGUUACGGUGUUCACAAGAAAAAUUACAAGAUGCGGCUCGAAAACAUGAAAGCUGGGAGAAAGGGGAACUUAAACAUUGCGACGGAGAUCUUCCAAGUUGCGCCGUCGCUUCAUAUGGUUGAAGUGCGAAAGGCGAAAGGAGACACCUUGGAGUUCCAUAAGUUCUAUAAGAACCUCACGAACCGCCUCGAGGGCAUCGUGUGGAAAACUGAGGAUGAUAUGCAAGAAACAAAGUAGAGAAGCUCGUGGGACUCGGACAAUUUUGGAGGAUAGCUCUCAUCUUGUCAUCAUCCCAACCGUCAUGCUUUUGCUUUGUAUUUUCAUUCUUGGAACGCAUCAUCAGACAAAACUAAACUUCAGCAGUACCAUUGUAAUCGUGUUGCGUGAUUAAGAGUGUCGCAAUUUCUUCAGCGUCCUGUGUCUUAUUGUUGUUUGAAUAGUCCAGAAAGGCGAGUUAGCGAAAGAAUGGAUAGUCUCCUUCCCCUUGUCCAGCUCCCUCAGGUGAGGGCCCCCAUUGAAAUUUUCUUUUAGCU